UACUACUGCACUGCCAUGUGCCUCUGACACUCUCUUUCUCUAACUCUCCUCCAGUCUCUCCCCCUCUUUCUCUCACUCUCUUCUAGGCUCUCCUACUCUAAACCUCUCCCCUCUGGGACCCGUGGUCCUGCUGUCUCCUCCCCUCUUCUUUCCGCUCCCCUCGCAUGCGGCUACUACUGGCCUGCCCCACAUCGGCAAGUUCGGAAGAGAUCGCCUGACAAGGCAGAGGGGAAAGCUGUUGCUCUCUCUCAGCUAACAACGACCGUUACCAGGGCCAACUGUCGCCACGCACCACGACCUGUGACCUCUGGCUCGUGGAAACGUCCACACAUCUUGACGACGGCAGACCAAGACCAACUAGUAUAAUGGGCAACCUCGUAUGUAGUGCAAAACGAAAAAAGGUAUCAGAUGUCAAUAAUGAAUCUGAUGAAGAUAACAGCACAAAUGCAGCACAAGGUGGACAAGCACAAAUCCAGCACAAGGUGGACAAAGACACAAACGGGCCGAAGGAGGAAGUCCUGUAUGCAACAAUUGACCAUGGCAACGGCAAGAAAGCAGGAAAUAUGGUGCAGGUAGUGGAGGGAGAUGACUGUGACUAUGCGAUCGUCAAAAUCCCCUCUGAGGACAAGCUGUCAAUCAGAGAGGACUGCUCUGAUGACUAUGUGCUCAUGGGCUGAGUCUACGGAGGCCUAUUAGGCACAUGACUGGAGAAUGGCUGAACAAGGUUGCACAUGUUACUGCUGACAAACAUUGAUCACCAAUAGACUUUUCUCACACAUCAGGUAUACAGAGAGGGUUGGUUUCAGUGUUUGCUCUCUUUCUCUCUCUCUCUCUCCAUCACACACACACACACACACACAGAUACGUCCAUACUACAUGGAAUACUGAGAACUAUGCAUUUGCUGUUCACAUGCUACAGUAUAUAUAUAUAUAUACUUGUGGUGUGCGGUGACUUUUUUUCUGAGAAACAAUAGCAAUCUAUACAUUUACUGUAGACUACUUUGUUUAUGAAAGUAUUGAAGCAUUUGUUAUACCUUUUGUAUGUAUGUAUGAGAAUUUUGCAUUUAUCCUCUUUAAUUUAUUCACAUCUAAAAGUUAGACUUUUUGAUGUUUAGAUUUCUAUAUUGUCUUCAUCAUUAUGUUGGUUUUGCUCUGUUUGUCUUGAGUGUGUAUUUGUUUUGGAAACUGACAUGUAGACUAAUAGCAGCAUGUGAGUCCACACAAAAUCUACUGCAAGGAAUGACCUAUCCAAGAACGAGGACUAUUGACAAGUCUAAGCUAACUCAAGAGUUACACCCAUGCUACACCGGGUCCACAACUGAACCGCUCCGUUUGUGUAGUGAAAAGAUAGUUUUAGUAGCCCACAUUAAAAUGUAGGGUCUGGGGACUCACCGUUGGCAGUGCUCAGUCCGAGGGACAGGAUAAUCGGUUGUCGAUUCAAAUUCCCUCUGCACG